AUGGCUCCGCCCGCCGCCCCGACCGCGCUGCACCACCGGACGCCCCUCCUCCUCCCCCUCCGCGCCGCCGCCCCGGGUGCCACCGCCACCGUGCGCGCCGCCAGGGCCGCCUCUCUCGCCGUCGUCAGGGCCCAGCCGGACACCACCUCGGCCGCCUCCGCCUCCACCUCCGCCCCCGAGCCGCCGAUGCCGGAGUUCAAGCCGCCGCAGGGGUUCAAGGUGCCCGAGCCCAAGAGGUUCGAGGUCAAGCCCGGCCAGCAGAACAGCGUCCUCGGCGCCUCGCUCGCCAUCCCGCUCCGCCUCGGCACCGGCGUCUUCGUCCUCGGGUACUCGCCAUCACUUGUUUCUCCAUCAGAGAUACCAUCAGACCAAUAUGCACUGGAAUUCGGAGCUUGGAAGGUGAAGGAGGAAUCAAAAAUAGGACAGUGCAAACGACCAGAAAAGCCUAUCGAAAUAUAUGAAUUUGAAGGAUGUCCAUUUUGUCGAAAGGUCAGAGAGAUGGUAUCAGUCUUGGACCUAGAUGUAUUAUUUUACCCCUGUCCUCAAAAAGGCCCGACAUUCCGACGUAAAGUCCUCAAAAUGGGUGGAAAGAAACAAUUUCCUUACAUGGUGGAUCCAAACACAGGGGUCGCCAUGUAUGAAUCAGAUGACAUCAUAAAAUACCUAGCUGACACAUACGGCGAUGGAACUGUUCCAAUUAUGCUAUCACUUGGUCUGUUAACAACAAUCACAGCAGGGCUUGCUACUCUUGGUCGUUUUGGAAAGGGAAAUUCCUAUACUGCUUCAAAAGUUCCACAGCAGCCAAUAGAGAUAUGGGCAUAUGAGGGAUCUCCCUUCUGUAGAUUAGUACGAGAGACGCUUGUUGAGUUGGAAUUGCCACAUCUGCUACACAGCUGCGCACGUGGCAGCCCCAAACGACAAGAAUUUUUGAAGAAAAAGGGUGUUUUCCAGGCUCCUUACAUCGAAGAUCCUAACACGGGAGUCCAGAUGUUCGAAAGCGCUGAAAUCAUAGACUACCUGAAGGGAACAUAUGCCCUGUCGUCGUCACCAAAGCCUUCGCCCACACAGACAACAGAACAAGCCCUCCUCCAGGCUUCCCAACAAGGGCCACCGGCCACCUCACGCGCGUCUUACGCCAUGGGCAGCGCGUCGUCCCCGUCCCCGCCGUCGCGCCGGCGGUGGAGCUGGGGCUCAGCGCUCGCCGGCGCGGCGACGACGGCCGCCGCCACAGCGCUGGUGCUGUGCCGUCCCCGGGACCCUCGAUUCGAGCUCAUCUCCAUCAGCCUGUCCGCCUUUCACUUCCGCGCGCCGGCGGCGCUGGACAUCGGCCUCACCCUCACCGUGCACGCCACCAACCCCAACGUCGUGCCCGUGCGCUACGGGCCCUCCACCGUCUCCAUCCUCUACGGCGGCGCGCACCUCGGCACCGCCCACCUCGACGCCGGCGAGCAGCCCGCCACCUCCUGCCGCCUGCUCCACCUCCCGGCGCGCCUCGACGGCGUCGAGCUCGCGCACCGCGCCCGCGCCAUCCUCUCCGACGUUGCGAGCCGCCACAUGGAGCUGGACGCUGCCGUCGAGAUCACCGGCGAGGCCGCGGUGCUGCUCUGGUCACGCCCCUUCUCCGUCCGCAUCGACAGCCACAUCACCGUCGACCCCGUCUUCCUGGAGGUGGUCGAGCAGGAGAACCACUCGGAGAUGCAGCUCUACCUCGCCUGA